CAUCGUCCACUCUUGACAACUUCGAAGCUAUUUCGAAUCUUGGCUGGGAAAAAAAACUCUACGAACAUUCUUCUACACGAACAUUCCGAACACGGAAGAGGAAAUUAACCAUUCAUAAUUAUACCAUAUACCCUGCAGGAUUAUUUCUGUUAACCGUGUAUAACGCAAUGGGAUGCGGAAGCUCCAAAAUAAAUGGCAAUGUAGUGGAAGAAAAGCCAGAGCUGACAAAGGAACAGAAGGACACGCUGAUACAAACGUGGCAAAAUUUACACGCCGAUUUAGAGAGAAUUGGAAUGCUGAUGUUCAUGGGGUUGUUCGAACACAAUCCGGAAAUUAAGGAGUUUUUUGUCGGCGCUGACAGUCGUGAUAUGAAAACGGAAGAGCUCAGGUACAACGAAAAACUGCAAGAACAUGGUAUCCGCGUUAUGGGUUUGGUCGAGAAGAUCAUAUCAAGUAUGGGCUUUGAAGACGAGAAAAUUGACCAAAUGGUUGUGGAUCUCGGUAAACGUCACCUGGGAUAUGACGUACACAUUCCUUUUAUCGAUUUAUUCGGCAGGCAGUUUGUCUUCGCUAUCAAGCCGACCCUGCAUACACACUGGACGGCUAACGUGGAAGAAGCGUGGACGCAGUUAUUCAAGUACAUUGGCUACCUUAUGCGGUAUGGAUACCAUACAAAACUACAGCAAGUACAAAAGAAGAAUUCGUAGUACUUUUACAUAUUUGAGGUCAUUUAAUAUAUUUAAAUUACUGACAACAUCUGUGUUACCUUCGAAAGUAUUAUGAUCUGUAUAAUAUAAACACUUCUUUCGGAACGUAUACCUAGGUGUUAUACCACUUCAUCAUUACGCACAUGUAUUUGAUUGAUAAUACGCAACUCGAGUCAGGUUCAUUUCAAUGAUAUAACCAAUAACAUGCCCGGACCGUUAUGCUCCAUUCGGUCGCCUUAGUAAAUUGCAACGGGG